AUGCGCUGCAGCUACCCAAGACCCCCAGCAAAGCGCUCGUAUACUCCUGAAAUUGUCUGGGAUGAAGAGCCAUUGCGAGACGACUCACCUUUCUCCGAUUACCAUCAACCUCCACCGGUUGAGCAAACUCCAUAUCUGGACUCUGCGAUAUUUCGUGACAUCCAGCUGGAAAUCCCUCGCCUAGAACUUCCAGUGCCAAGUGAUGUUGCGGCUUACGUCGGAGAUCCUCAACAAAUCCGCGACAUAGCUGCCGUGCUGUUUUCUCAGAACGCCUCAUGGCUGCCAAUAGUUUGCCGGAAGCGCUUUUUCAGCUCUUUACUUAACCCACUGUCUCCCCGACAAGCAGAUGGUGUCUUGUUAGCUCUGUGUGUCAAGCUCUACUGUACUACGACGGUUCAUCGUGGAGACAGCCCAAAGACAGCUCUCUACAGAACGGCAAAAAGAUACCACCAUGAGAUCGAGGCAGCGGGCAUCAUGUCCCUACAGGUUCUCCAAGCAACAAUCUUCAUUGCACUGUAUGAGAUGGGCCAGGCAAUUUAUCCCGCUGCCUAUUGGACCGUCGGCACCUGUGCCAGAUAUGGCAUUGCCCUUGGUCUGGAUCAGCUAAUGACCAACAACAACGGAUUUGAUGGACCCUGGAUGGAAGUUGAAGAAAAGAGGAGAAGCUGGUGGGGAGUAUUGGCUCUAGAUCGCUUUUUGAACUUCGGAGACCCUUCCAGACAUCUGGCCACAAAUGAUCCCGAGAUCAAUUACUAUCUUCCGAUUGAUGACCAAGCUUUCAUAGAAGGAAACACAGCGCACAAAGAUGCUAUUCCGAUAUCAGCCGCAUUCCAUCUCAAGACGGGUAGCUUUGCUCGGCUUGCUCAAGCCACCUACUUGACAAGCGAAGCCCUCCGACUGGCAGCAUCUGCCGCUUCAUCCAAAGCAAACAGUUCGACGUGCUUGAAGGAGGAUACAGCACAAUUGCGGCGUACUCUCGAAGCACAGGUCAAUGCCGCGGAGCAGGAACAUACGGCUCGAAGAUUGUCAUUCUGUUGCCAGACAAUGUUUUCUUACUGCGGAAUCUUUUUACUUCAAGAUCAGCACUGGCAACAACUUCGUAUCGGUUCUGCUAUAGUUGCAGAAAGCUACACGUUUCCUGAGACCAAGCGGGCUCUUGAAGUCUUGGGACGUUCAGCAUUAGUUCUCCGAAAGGACUUUGAGAGUGGCGGGCCUCUAGAAGAGGGCUUGCCCAUUUUCUUCAUGCAGACCGUAUAUCUAGCGGCCAUGAUGGCUAUGGAAAUUGGCCAGGGUAAUCCGGACAACGAAACUCAGGAGAAAAUUGACUCCUUUAGAUGGCUUUUAGAGUAUCUUCGAUCGCGCUGGAAAGUGGCCGAGAUAUACAUGGAGAUUUUAGACGCAAAGAAAGCAUUCCAUGACUUCAAUAGGAUACCUGUAAGCAGGACUAUUUGA